CUACCUCGCCCCUUACCUGCUUGCCCCCGCGUCUCCAUCUUCUUUCAUACUACACACAACCCAGCACAAUGACUACCGGUGUAACUGUAAACGAUGAGGCGGUGGAGAUGUUCAACGCCUUCAAGCUGCACCGCGCGCCGCACGACAACCGAUACUUCAUCUACAAGAUCGAGAACGACGCCGAGAUCAUCGUCGACACGUUCGGCGACAAGACCAAGACCUACGACGACUUCACGGCGUGCCUGCCCCCCAACGAGUGCCGCUACGGCGUGUUCGACCUGGACUUCACCACCCGCGACGGCCGCGAGGCCAACAAGCUGAUCUUCAUCUCGUGGUCUCCGGACACCGCCAAGAUCAAGAACAAGAUGGUGUACGCCGCCUCGAAGGAGGCGAUCAAGUCCGCUCUGAUGGGAAUCGGGAUCCACCUGCAGGCCACGGACCAGGGGGAGCUCGAGCUAGACUACAUCAAGUCCCAGGUCCAGAAGGUUUGAUUCCAUGGAACAAGAGGACGAAAUCGAGCACACCGAGCACACCGCGCAACCGUGUAGCACGCGCCCCCUCGGUCUCGCUUCGGGAGAGGUGGAGCCGAAGCAAAGCAAAGCAAAGGAGGAGGCGUGGUUGAGACCUGGAGCAUCACCGCGCCUUCUCACUCCCUAGCUGUAUUGCUCGUAAGGGAGGAGAGUGUUUUGACGGUGUGUGUGUGGUGCGUGUUGGAGAACUUUUUUUUUUUGGUGGGGGGAUCGGGGUCACCCUAGGGGUGAAGAGAGGGGUGGUGUCGGCGCGAAAAGUCGAAACGCGAAGAAGCGAAAGCGUCAUUCAGAGUAAAUUUUUAGGCAGAGGUAUUUGACGGUGGAGGAACACAAUGUUGGGGCGGAGCAGCUCGCAUCAGAAUCGCGGGCGUGUGUCUCCAAGAGGGGGGGGGUGGGGGCCGCUGCGGAUGGGGUUUGCUUUCGAGCCGAGCCCGAAGUUGAUGGCGCCCCUUUCCUCCAACCAGCGAAUAUUUAUUUCGUUUCCCGCUUUUUGUAUAGUUCCCUUUGCCGAGGCUGUUUGUUCGAUGACCUAGCGCCUUCGGGGCUUCAACCGCUUUAACUCGAAGCGGCCGCCUCGCCCCCCGCGUGGUCGUCGCUUUCUCCCUGCCCAGAGUUGUGUACAGUUAAUGAAAGUUCUCAAUAAAAAAAAAAAAACUGAAAUUGAUUAAAUCCAAUCAUCAGAAAAUUUUGGGCGGCAUUGUUUCUUGUUUUGGUUGUCUUUGCCUGCUGGUUCUGUGGAUCUUCUUUCUUUUUCGGUGUUUGGUUGUUUCGCGUUCUUGUAUUUUCGUUCGCAUUAUCGUAGCACGAACAUG